AAGAACAGCCAUGUUUAGCGGCACGGAUAUCAGACAGCAAAGAAUUUGCUAAAUUCUAAUUCACACGUAGAUCAGCUAUGGAACCCCGCUCUACAGCCCAGGAUAUUCACAGAUGUGACCUUUGUGAGACCGCCAUAGUACACAGCUACUGUGACUAUUGUCAUGUCAACCUCUGUAAGCCCUGUGUAGUUGAUCACAUCUCAGAUGGAUAGGACAAACAUAAAAUAGUAUCUUUCAACGAACGAAGAUCAACCCUCAUUUAUCCGAAAUGUGGAACACAUUCAAACAAACAUUGUGAAUUACAUUGUAAAGAUUGCAGGUCUUUUGUUUGCUCGUCUUGCAUGGCAUCUGAACAUCACAUUGGGCAUAGGUUUGUAGAAGUUAAACAUGAAUAUGAGACAAAGAAAGAAAUCAUCAAAAAGGAUCAAGUAGAACUAGGAAACUCUAUAUCUCCUAAAUAUGAAGAAAUUGCAUUCGAAUUGGAACAUCAGCUUGCCAACCUGGAUGAAGGAUAUGAGAAACUUACAACAGACAUAUCCAAACAAGGAGAGGAAUGGCACAGAGAAAUCGACAUCGUUAUCAACAAGAUGAAAACUGAAAUCAAUGAAAUAAAAUUGGAACACGAGAGCAUUUUGAAGAAACACUUGAAUGAAAUAAAACAAAUGCAAUCUCUUAUAAAGGAAACUUUAAUAGUUUUAGGGGAACUCGAAAAGUCUACUGAAAUAUCCACAGCCAUAGAAUACAUAUCUAAGAUAAAAACCUUCAGCAAGCUUCCACCCAGGGUAAAUGUAUUGUUGCCAACAUUCAUUCCUAAACCAAUUGACCAUGAGCAUAUAUAUAAUUUCUUUGGACAGAUCAUACCAUUACGUUAUGCCAUACAAGAAUAUGUAUUGUCAAUAACCCAACCAAAGACUUCAGUCAAAGAGCUGCUGGAUAAACCUGAACUUGUUGCCACAAUACAGACUGGGUAUUGUAAUCUAUACAGUGUAUCCUGUUUAAAUGAAGAGAUAUUCUGCACCAGUGGAUUGAGUAGUAAUAUCAAAUACUUUAAUAUAAACGGUAAUUUGCUCCGUACGAUUAUAACAAAAUUUUGGGGGCGCCCAAUUGAUAUAGCUGUUGACGGUGAUGGGGAUCUACUGUACUGUGACUGGGGAACAAAGACAGUGCUUAAUGUAAAGAAUGAACAAACAGAAGAGUUGAUCAGAUUACAGGUAUGGAUACCUGUCAAUCUGUGUGUCACCUCUACUGGUGAUCUCCUGGUUACCAUGUACAGUGAUGAUGCAACUCAAUCUAAAGUUGUCCGUUACACUGGGUCUAACAAAAAACAAACUAUUCAAUUUGAUGAUGAAGGUAAACCUUUGUACUCCGGUAAUAGUUUUAUGAAAUACAUCACUGAGAAUAGAAACCAUGACAUUUGUGUUGCUGAUUAUAAGGCUGGUGCAGUAAUGGUGGUUAAUGAGGCCGGACAACUAAUAUGGAGAUACACUGGUCAUCUCUCAACUACCAAGAGCAAACCUUUCAAACCCCAGGGAAUCGCAACAGACAGUCAGGGUCGUAUCCUGACAGCAGACAGUCACAACCAUUGUAUCCACAUUCUGGAUCAGGAUGGACAGUUUCUCAGUUACAUAGAUAACUGUGAUUUAAUAGAUCCUUUAGGUCUAUGUGUGGACAUUAAUGAUAACCUUUUUGUUUGUGACUGCGCUAACGGCAAUGUCAAAAAAAUCAAGUAUUCGCAAGACAUUUAACACUUGGGAUAAAUUAGUCUAAAUGUGACAUUCCCCCUUGAUUUUUUACAUGAUCUUCAAACAUAUACGUGUACAUGUAGUUCAGUGCAGCUCAAAAUAUUAUCUACUUUGGGUUUUAUGGAUAUUGAUCAUGUGACCGUCCGUAUUUAUAUCAUCAAUGAAAGUAAAAUAAUGACUCAUUAUUCCUAUGGUGAAACAAAUUGUGCAAAUACAUAUUUACUUAAAUUUCUUAUAAAUAAAAAAAAAUAUAACAUGUUAAUUAGGUAUUUUGCAUAAUUGAAAAUGAAAUAUUGGAUCCAAUACGCACUAACAAUCCUGGUUUAACAGUCUUGGUGGACAACACAACAGCACACGAAUUUCCUUAAUAAAAAAAUCAAUACAAUGUAGAUAUUCUAUAGUGUUUUCCAAAUAUCUCCGAAUUUCUCGCCAGUUACGCAUGAUUUGAAUAAGUAAGGUAGAAGAGUGAGAAUGCACAGACCCCAAGCAAAUAAUCACUUAAAAAUGGCGACAGUGCAAGAAGUGGAAUAGAAAAAUAUUCCAAGACUCGAAGUUCGACGAUAUUUAACCUCCCUGCACCGCAGAUGGCUCACAAUACUAAAUGAAGGCGAUGGUCAAACACAGAAAUGACUAUGGAUAAUGAAUUCAAUCCAAAGAACUGUUCAAAGCUAAUAUGGCUAUUAAACCCAUUUAAAAAGAUAAUAAGAAACUUUGGUAUCUUUUUGCUAUUACCAUUAUGAUAUAUUAUUUUGAUUCAAUAACCUUUGAUAUAUAAACAACAAAUUAUUCCGACUUUACCCCCUUGUUUUGUUUAGUAU